AAAAAAGUAUAGUAAAGUUUUUUCAUAGGUUUUGUUAUCAACAUUUUUUCCCGCCGAAGUAAAUUCAUAAUGACAGAAAACAACCUUGUAAAUAGUUUAAAGUUGUAUAAGCGGGCAAUGAAAAGAUGGAAAGAACCUUCUCCUAUGAAAAAAAUGUCUAUCUCUGGCAGUGGAUCUUCUACUAACAGCUUGCUGAUAAGUGACAAUGAAACUACAGAGAGCUCAAUUGAAAAAACAAGGGAUUUUUCAUUUGGUGUUGGUAUAGCUGCAGCAAGUACUCCAUUAUGUAUAUUUGAUGAUUCAGAAGAUUGGAUCCCAAAGAAGAAAGCUGUUGUUGAGGAUCCACCAUGGUUGUCUCCUUUUAAUAAACUGCAAAAACUACCCCCCAAAACUUACACUCCUGCAAAUAAGCCUAAAAAAACAAUUAUUCUUCCAGCAAAAUCAUCCUUAAGAACCAGCAGUCCCCAAGUUGGCCCAGUUCCCAAAGCAAAAAAAGCUUUGAUAGAAAAUCUGGAUUUAUCUUCGAUUACUAGCAGUCCUGAUGAAGGUAGUUUGGAAUUGAAGAUAUACAGCACAAAAGGGACCAUUAACAGUGAAGAAAUAGUUGCUAGCUCACUUACAUCAAGUCCUGGUCUUUCUCCAAUUAAAAGUCCACAAGCACCAUCACUAAUUGGCACUCCACCGGACCAGAACCCCCUUUUAUUCAAAUCAGUCAAAAAGUUCUUCAAAGAUCAGAAUUCAACAUCAGAGAAGUCAAAUUCUUUAUCAGAUGGUCAAAUUUUACCGGACCAAAACCCUUUGCCUACCAAAUCAAUCAAAAACUCCAAAGAUCAGAAUCCAGUACCCAAGGAGCCAAAUUCAUCAUCAGAUGAUCAAACUUCUUUGGAUGACAAGGAUUCUCUUCUCUGCAUCCCUUCUCCGAUUCCAAUUAAAAUCAAAUCUUCCCGACCCUUAAAGCGAAAACGUACACUAUAUGUAGCCAAAGACUUUCUUGAGCUUUUUUAAGCUAGCUUGAACAAUGUUUUCUAAACCAUUUAAUUCAUGAAUGCAUAAAAAAUACUUCUACACAGAACAAUUUAGAAAACAAUAUCUGUAAUUCCUUUUUUGGAAAUUAUUUCACGCCCCCUUAUUUCAUAAAAUGUAACUAAUUUUUUUCUUAGUUUAUUUUCCCUUUUUUUUACAAGCAAAGUUUAUAUAAUAUAUGUACAGAUAAUUUAUUUUGUUGAUUUUUCAUAAGUGAGUGUACGGUUUCAUUUUCAGUGUUCUUUUCAGUUCUGCUUAUUUGUUUCUGUUUCUUAUUCUUGCAAAGUUCACUAAAACACUGCCAAUAUGUUACCACUGUUAUUUUCAUUUUUUGGCAAUUCACAUAUA